AUGAACGGGCAAUCUUCACCUGUCUUCGAAGAGAAGAAGCCUCCCCUCCCAGUGGUUGGGAGCUCAAUCUCGGCCGCCAAGGAUUCUCCAACUCUGCCGGAGUCUUCAUCCACAGACAUGGGUUUCUACAGCGGCCAGAGUGCGCUCCACGGCCCGCAGGAUUUCUACCAGGCGCAGCAGCCCUACUCAGCUCAGCAUAUGAACCCGUACGCGUAUCAUCCUUACAACCUGAACGGGAUGGGUCCGGGCGGUGCGUACUCCGUAGGCAAGACAGAGUACCCAUACCCACAUGCGGCAUACAGAGAACACAGUGCCUUCAGCAGAGAGGUGCAGUCAACACUGCAAGACGGAGUGAAAGAGGAACCCCUCGUGGAGGUCCGUAUGGUCAACGGGAAGCCCAAAAAGGUGCGAAAGCCCCGGACCAUCUACUCCAGUUACCAGCUGGCCGUCUUGCAGAGGAGAUUCCAGUCGGCGCAGUACCUGGCCCUGCCGGAGCGUGCCGAGCUGGCAGCACAGCUGGGACUCACACAGACACAGGUCAAAAUUUGGUUCCAGAACCGUCGCUCCAAGUUCAAAAAGCUCUACAAGAAUGGAGAGUUUCCACUUGGAGAUAUUCCUCUUGAACACAGCCCCGACGCCAGCGACUCCAUGGCCUGCAACUCUCCUCCGUCCCCAGCUGUGUGGGAGAACAACAACAACAACAACAGCAGCAACAGCAACACUACUAGCAACAGUAACAAUACAAACAACAGCAGCAGCAGCAAUAACGCGGUGAUAGAUCCUACUAGCAGGGGGCAGGCCCACUUUCAUCCUCCUGUUGACUCCUCGCCCGCCUGCAUGGGAGAAUAUACACAUCAGAACUGGUACCAGCAGCAGGGUGCACAUUUAGGUCUGCAGCAGUCGGGUCAGGCGCAUCACACACCAUCAGGCUCGGUGUCGGCUGCACAGAGUCUGGGAGCCGUCUACUGA